AAAAAGAGCUGCCGAAUAAUCGAAAGAAAACAACAAGAACUAGAAGGGUGUCUUGUUUGCAAGCAGUACCGUGGCAUCUGUAAAGUGUCUUUUCCUUGCGCAAUGCACUUUGAUUUGUGAUCUUUGGCAUUCACUCGUUUAAUUAGAGAGUUUUCAUAAGCUACAAUGGCAUCCAGCUCCGUUAGUCAAGAGGAUGUUGAGAAUGAUUUUGAGUUGUCAUCACGGCGGUCAAGGAUUAGAACAGCACGGGCAAGAACAGUCAACCCCACAUCUAGAAUUGGUGAGAUUGAUGAUAGUCUAGGAGAAAUGAAAGUAUCCGAAUCUCUCAAUAUUGGAGGCCAGAACUGUGGGGAGCAUGAUGCCAGCCCCAAACCUCUCAGUAGAACCAAAGAAAAGCGGACCAAUCGAAAUGUCCCUGUCAGACAACCACUUGCUGAUCAUCUUAACAGGCCUAAUCACUUGACCAAAGGAAAGCAGCCCCGUGACAGACGGAAACUUCGAGAGAAGCGCAGGAGUACUGGAGUUGUGCACUUGCCCUCAACUGAGUCCACUGGAGGAAGCACUGGUGAGGAUGAUGGUGAUGUGCUAUCAAUGACAGCUGAAACAAGGCGCAACACUAUUCAAAAUGAACAUUUGGCUCAUGAUUCUGUCCCUGAGGAACGAGGGACUUCAAAGGUUUACUCACAGAGGAGAAGUAAAAGAUGUAUCAGUCCCCUCACUAUGGGUUUUAACAACCAAUGUUUGUUGAUGCAUUCUGAUAUUCCACUGCUGUCAGUUUUCAACCCUUCAGAUCUGGAGGCAGAUGAUGAAGAUAACCAAGAUCUUGACAGUCUCAAUCAGUCUGACUCUACAGUUAGUAGUGUCCCUCAACAAUGUCGCAGGCCGGGCACACCAACGGGCGAAAACUCUGAGGAGCUUUUAGAGCGCGCCAAGGAAGAAAACCGCAGGUUGUUAUGUCUCCUUGAAGAUAGGGAUCACAAAAUAAGUGUUCUAGAACAAAGAAUUUCCCAAUUGCAUCGGGAGAUGACAGCAGAAAGAGAAAGAUUGAGAGAUGAAAAUGCAGCCCUCAUACGUGCCAUGGCUUCACUAGCAUCAAACUAAAUCUUCACAGUAAUUUUGUGAAUAUAUUCCUGCCAUGAAUUUUACUGAUGUAAAAUGUAUUACCAAUUUCAAUCAGAAUUUGUUAGAUGUGAGAUUUUUUUUUUUCGUGGUCGUUCAGCUCAUUGUAGGUUCAUAUCAUGAUCAUUGAUCGUUAUCUGCUUUCCAGCUAUUCAUUUUAACCUGCUUUUUAGUGGUAAAGUGUUUUCUGAUGUGCUGUGUAAAUGAUCAUCCCACUUUCUGUAAUCAUUAGCUAGUAAGACAUCAGGUUUUGGCUUAUAGUGGUAAUGAUCUUGCUCUUGCUGAUUGCCCCCAAAACAUUGCUAGACAGAGAGCAAUAGUUAUAGUGUAUAUUAAUUUUUAAGUGGCUAGACUGGAGUUAUACUAGCAGACUGUGAAACAUAUUAAUUUAUAGUAGGUGACAUUUUUAUCUCGUUUUUGGUGAGUGACAUGAGUGACAUUGUUGGUUACAUAUUGUAUAAAGUUCUGGUGAAUCUACAUUGUGUAUAAUUUUCUGAGAUGGGAACAUAACUUUUCUCUAUUGCAUUUACAGUACUUGAUUAAAAAGCUCCCAUUCUAGCUUUAAUACUGUUUGCAUGUUAUUUGUAUGGCUGUUAAUGUUUUGCUUAGCCAUCAGUUAUCAAAAGUUUUGGCUCUAAAUAAGGCUAAAACACUAAUUGCACGGCUAGGUGUUUACAAUUUGUAAACAAAUUCUGCUGGUGCACUGAUCCCUCACUUUACCACAAAUGAGUUUUGCAUCUAUUUGUGAGUCUGUCUUUGUGAUUAUUCCUUACAGUUUACUUAAAUCUGUUGAAAGUUCAGGAAUUUGAGCUCAUGCAAUUUUGCAAAAAGUGACAGAAGGUGAGGUGCUUCUCAGUUUGUCAUUGGCUGUGAUUAGUCUGAUUAUAAUAGCUACAUGAUUAUUGUAUCAGCUUGGUAGAAUUGUGUGUGUACGCACAUCUCAUUGCACAUAAUAUUAUCAAUGUCAGCAGUUUUGCUGAAAUUUCCUUGAUCUGGCUAGGUAAAAUUUACCUCUGUAUUGUAUAGAAUGAUAAAACUAGCAAGAGAUC